AUGUGGAGAUCCAUCCCGUCACCGGCUGUCGAGCGACGUGCAGAGACGAACCACGUCACGACGGUGCCGACGCAAGGUUCCAUCCGACCUUCCAUCCAGCGGAAUCCGCAAACCCUGUGCACACGGCACAACGCACAGGGCCCCCUCACCUGGUUUAGCCCGCCGGUCGAGACGGUUGCCCGGGGUGUGGCCGCUGAGCAGAGCCCAGCUACGUGGAGCCACAGGUGAGAGUUGAGUGCCAGCAAGUGGACGCUAGGCGCAGUCUCACCUGCAAGCAAGUGAGCGACCACCACGACCAUUACGUGAACCCACCGCUGACACCCCUACACCCCACUACUACUACUACCACUACUACUACUACUACUACUACUACUACUACUACUACUACUACUACUACUACUACUACUACUACUACUACUACUACUACUACUACUACUACUACUACUACUACUACUACUACUACUACUACUACUACUACUACUACUACUACUACCACUACUACUACUACUACUACUACUACUACUACUACUACUACUACUACUACUACCACUACUACUACUACUAG